AUUUCCAUCUGUAGUACAGUUUGGAUUGAAAUUUUGUUUCAUCUGUCACUUGCGACAUUUUUCCAAGACAUCGCUUCGCGCACGUGGAAAGACCAAAAAAUCUACGCGCUGGCUGGAUAACACAUUUUUUCUUUGAAACAAAAAACAUUUAACAAAAUGUCGCGCUUGUACGUUUUGUACGAGCACGCGGCUGGCUAUGCCCUCUUUAGCGUCACCGAAUUUGAGGAGAUUUCCAUGUUCCUUCCUCAAGUCGAGUCCUCUGUGUCAGACUAUGCCCGAUUCAAUUCAAUCGUUAAGCUGGUUAGCUUUGCGCCCUUCAAGACGGCCGUUUCUGCUUUGGAAAAUAUCAAUGCCAUCUCUGAAGGUAUCGCUCCUCAGGAUCUUUUGGUGUUCCUUGACGAUUUCUUCUCCAAAUUGAAGAAGAAGAAGUGCACGUUGGGUGUUGCUGAUGCCAAACUGGGAGCUGCUAUCACCGAAGCAAUUCAAGUUCAAAGUAGCCAUUUCGGAGCUGUCCCAGAGAUCCUCCGAGGCAUUCGAUUCCAUUUUCAUCGUUUGGUUAAAGGUUUUACUGACAAAGGUGCUGGUAUAGCUCAACUGGGUUUGGGUCACAGUUACUCUCGUGCCAAGGUCAAGUUCAACGUUCAUCGUUCGGACAACAUGAUUAUUCAGUCUAUAGCACUGCUUGAUCAAUUGGACAAAGAUGUGAAUACAUUCUCUAUGCGGAUCCGUGAGUGGUACUCGUACCACUUCCCAGAGUUGGUCAAAAUUGUUCCGGACAACUAUAUGUUCGCAAAAUCAGCAAAAUUCAUUAAGGACCGCAAGUCUUUGACUCAGGAUAAACUGGAGGAACUCGAGGAAAUCGUAAUGGACUCCUCCAAGGCUCAGGCUAUUAUUGACGCAGCCAAAAUGUCAAUGGGAAUGGACAUCUCCGUCGUGGAUCUGAUAAACAUUGAAAUGUUUGCCGAACGAGUAGUGAAGCUUUCAGAAUACCGAAAGAAGCUCUCCGAAUAUCUUCACAACAAGAUGAACAGCGUUGCACCAAAUUUGCAGUCUCUUAUCGGUGACCAAGUUGGAGCUCGUCUCAUCUCGCACGCCGGUUCUUUGACAAAUCUGGCCAAGUGUCCAUCGUCGACAGUACAAAUCCUUGGUGCAGAAAAGGCUCUUUUCAGGGCUUUGAAGACCAAGUCCAACACUCCAAAAUACGGUCUGCUGUACCACUCUUCCUUCAUUGGUCGAGCUGGCCUCAAGAACAAAGGAAGAAUUUCUCGCUUCCUGGCUAACAAAUGUUCGAUUGCAUCCCGCAUAGAUUGUUUCAUCGAGAAACCCACGAGUAUCUUUGGGGAAUCGUUAAAACAACAAGUCGAGGACAGACUUAAGUUCUACGAGUCUGGAGAGAUUCCUCGUAAGAACAUCGAAGUGAUGCAAGAGGCAAUCGGUUUGGCCGCCAAGGAAACACCUGUUGAGAUUGGUACCAAUGGCGAAGGCAAGAAGAAAAAGAAGAAGAGUAAGAAGAGGAAACUAGAGGAGGAAGAAGAAACUGCUACUACCAAUGGAAAUGGUAUAGCCGACGAAACGCUAGAAGCUGAAGCACUACAAAACGGCAAUGGUGACGUUGAGAAUGGAGAAAAGAAGAAAAAGAAAAAAAAGAAGAACAAGAAUAAGGAUGCUGAAGCUUAAUUAACUAUUUACUGAACUUUUACAAAUCCUUUUAUUGUAUUUUUAUUUUUUCUUAUAUUAGAUUUAAGUUUCAUAGACUAUAAACAAAAAAACACUAAUGUAUAAUAAGAGAUGUUUAGUUACUUUGGAUGGUGAAUAACGAUGAUAUGAGUACUUGAUUGAACAGUACUCAUUGAAGUUGAUGUAUCUAUAAGUUUUGAACUACUCCUUUAUUGUUUUGUAGAAACAAAGAAAAAACUAAUAAAAUUAAACUGACUACGGUUUAACCAAAAAAAAGUAUAAAACUAA